AUUGGAGAGAGGGGAGAUUCGGGUCGUCGCUCAUAGCAACGGGCCGGGGAAAGGCGAGAAAUCCCGCUCCCCGCGCCGCCCCCGAUACCUGUUCCCGCAAUUGCCUCUGUAAUCGUCCCCAUUUAAAAGAAAACUUUUUUUAAAAUAUAAAAAUACGAUGGCGGUUCUGGAGCCCGAGGCCUAACUUCACUGUUGAAGCCUCGGGGCCGAGUCAGUGGGCAGUCCGUGCCGGCUCGCUGCUGUCCCGGCAUCAAUGAGGCGCUGAAGCUGGAGGGCUUUUUAAAUAGAAAAUAAUCGAAGAAAAUAAACUAAAGAACAAUAAAAAGACACAAAAGCGCCGGGAGUUCACUCCACCAUCCCCACAAAGCAAAUAAUCCCCGGAGGGAGGAAUCUGCCAAGUUCCAGGAUACGCUUGGAAAAUCAAGAGUCUUUAACAGAAGAAAUGGCUCUACAAGACUUGACAGAUAUUUCUGCGAUGACAGAUGAAGUGUACAGGACACGAAGCCAGAAGAGAGCGUUGGAACGGGAUGGUCUACACAAUGACGUUGAGACAAAAAAACCCAAAAUGGAAUGUUCCCGAGGAACUGAUCUGGACAGUGAUUUGGAAGAACUGAAAGAGAUCAGGAUUAAAACAGAGCCAGCUGACCGGGGCGGCGGAAGAACUACGGGAUUAUUAAAGGGGCCAGGUGAAGUGAAAGCAACAAUCAAAGUCGAAGUUCCGACUGGAGAUGAACCCGUUGACAUGAGUACAUCAAAGAUUGAAAUGAAGAAGGGAAAGCGUGCCCCAUCUCCAGACAUCAUUGUCCUUUCUGACAACGAGCCUUCGAGUCCCAGGCUGAAUGGACUCUCAAAAGAAAUGGGAAGAAGUGCAAAUACAGAUGAUAUUAUGAAGAGCAGCCCUGAGGAACGGGAAAGAAUAAUCAAGCAAUUAAAGGAAGAGUUGCGAUUAGAGGAGGCCAAACUUGUCCUGCUCAAGAAACUCCGCCAGAGUCAGAUUCAGAAGGAGGCCACAAUUCCAAAGCCUGCUGUCUCGACAGGCAAUGCCUUGGCCACCCCACCCCCGCUGGUCCGGGGAACGCUGCAUGUUCCCACUGGCAAACCCAACUUCCAGGUAACCACUACACGUGCAGUGGGAACAGUAAUUCCACCGCCUUUGGUUCGUGGGGGUCAACAGGGGGCCUCAAAGCUUGGUUCUCAGCAGAACCCACAGAUCGUGAUGCCACCAUUAGUGAGAGGAGCUCAGCCGAUGUCUGUUUCUCAGCAAAUCCACACCAUCAGACCACACGGCAGCACUGCCCCACCUCCACUGUUACUGGCUCCCAGGGCGUCGGUGCCUAAUACUGUACACAUCCAGGGCCAGAGGGUUCUACAGCAGGGACUGAUCCGUGUGGCCAACGUCCCCAACACCAGCCUGCUCGUCAACAUUCCACAGGCUUCAAAUACAAUGAAAGCCUCAUCUUUGAACUCUGCUCAGUCGAAUGCUAGCAGCAAUACUGCAGUAUCCGUUGUCAACUCCAAUGAGUCACCGGCCAGCCGACAGGCUGCGGCCAAGCUUGCUCUCCGCAAGCAGCUGGAGAAAACGUUGCUGGAAAUUCCACCGCCCAAACCUCCAGCCCCAGAGCUGAACUUCUUACCAAGCGCUGCUAAUAAUGAGUUUAUCUACCUGGUCGGUCUUGAAGAAGUGGUGCACAACCUCCUGGAAACACAAGGUAAAGCCUCAGCACAGGCGAUGGUUCAAGAACCAUACGCCUGUUCUCAAUGUAAAACUGACUUUACCUGUCGUUGGAGGCAAGGGAAGACUGGGACGAUCAUGUGUGAGCAAUGUGUGACGUCCAACCAGAAGAAGGCAUUGAAAGCUGAACAUACUAACCGUCUGAAAGCAGCAUUUGUGAAGGCUCUUCAGCAAGAACAGGAGAUUGAACAACGGCUACUUCAGCAGACACCUUCCACUGUACAAAGCAAGCAGGACUCUACAGCACAGCACCAUUCGUUGAAACAGGUAUGGAAGGGAUCCAGCCAGUUGUCUCGAGGACCUCAGAGCACCACAGCCCGUGGGGUGCUGCACACGUUCAGCCAGUCAUCUCAGCUGCAGAACGUCUCUCUUGUCAACAGGCAAAGCAAACAUGCUGAAAGAACUGGUGCUAAAGGCAGUGUCACUACCUGGAGGAAGCAGGUCCCCAACACAGGGGUUACAAUGGCUUACGUUAGCCCAAACCUAUCAGGCCAGAAGACGUCAUCAACCAUGGAUCGUCACCGCGAGUACCUGUUGGACAUGAUCCCUUCACGAUCCAUCAGCCAGUCGGCCAACACAUGGAAAUAGAUGCAGUGGAGUGGGGUGGGUGGGAGGGUUAGACAGAGAUGCUUGGAAAGGCCAAGGCGAAUACCUUGUCCCCCUCUUUGCUCGCUGCAGUCACGCAGUCCAACGGUCAAAGGUGUGGGGCCCAGGUCACCCCGACAACUGCCCGAUCUCCCUUACGAUAGAGUCUGCAUUUCUUGAAUUUUGAGCACUGUUCUUGCACAAUGUAGAAGGGAAAGUACAAUGUGUAACCAGGUGGACAUAGGCAUGCAUCUUGCCAGAUUACAAUGACGCUGUGUGCGGAAAAGAGGUCUCUUUUACUUGCUGUUUCUAUGUGCGUGUGUGCAAGUGCACGUAUUUAGUGCUCACACGCGUGUUUAUGUUUUUCACUUUGUGGUACAAGUGAUGUCAUCAUGGAUCUCUGGUUCUGCAGGAGCUGUUGUUCUGGGAACUGUGGAAGUGGUCCCUCCUCCCUGAUGAAUGUAGUGCAAGUCACUCAGGGUGUGGGAUAAAGUAGGGCAGUUGGGAGUGUCCCAUCUCAGGAGUGGAAACGUCAGAGGGACUUGGCCUUGUUGAUCUCCUUCCCAUGGUGCAGAUCAGGUGUUUAGACCUUUCUCUACUCUUCUACUCGAGUGUGCUGAUAGAAAUUGUUCAUAAGUAAACAGAAUUACCUCCAAUUUUCACCCAUUCGCAAAGCAGCCUGGCUCUUUGGAGUUGAAAUUUUUACGAAUUUAUUUUUGGGGUCGGGAUGAAAGUCUCUGGAGGUUGUGCAUUGAUGCUGAUUCUUUCCAUCUGAAUGCAGAUUCCUUCCAUGUCAUUCCCACAAAUCCCACACCAUACUGUCAGUAAACAACACGUUUAACAUCUGGGUGUAACAUGGUUAGCCUUGAUGCAUCCCACUUCCUGUUGUUUCUGAGUGGGGGAGAUUGUGUAAACAAAUGGAUUAAGUUUUGUCUUUGGUGGUGUCCUGGUGGUGAUAAUCUGUCUCCAUCAGCGUGUGACUUUAGCACUGAACUCUUUGCUUGGGACGUAGAGGUGAAGAGCCCUGCCCGAUCCUUGGAGUGCGUGACCGGUAUCCCACUGCAGCUGAACGAGAGCCAGCCUGGGAUAGCACUGACUAUGGGUUUUUUGGUGAUCUUGUGCUCAAUGGGAGAAGCAGGCGGGUGGGUGAGGGGGGAGGGGUUCCUUUGACUUGUUUAUACUGAAUCUUCCUGGGCUGGGAAGGUGACCUAUGUAUGUGCUCCCUGUGGGAAGGUGAGCUUUCCUGAGUGAUCCGAUGCUGGCUGUGCAAUCGGUGAUGAGUUUGGCCAGUGGGUGAUGGUGGAGGUAGUCCUGUAUUGGUGACCAGGGCCACCAUCUUCCUGCCCCCAUGGACGUGAAAAUGGCAGUCAUUUUAAUCUGCUACUUUACCCUUAACCUGUCAAUACUCUUCUCAUAUUUGGGCAGACUUUUAUUUUUCCCCCAGUUUUUGAUACAGAUUAGUCAUUAGUAAAGCCAUUAAAAUAUUUUGCAGCUGUUCUUGUUUAUUAGAGGGUAUUUUUGUGUUUGCUUGGUUAGCUGGAAUGAUGUACUUAAUUCCACCAAAGUAUCAUUGGGGUUAAUUUUUUAAUGUGAAUUUUCUCACUGUGGAGAUUGAAGUAACAACAAAAUUUACUCUCCAGCAUCUGGGUCCAUUCAGAGUCUUACUCAGCUCUGGAGGGGAAGGGUUCACCGCUAAGGUGUUUAUCACCUAUCCAUAUUCCAAUGCGUUCCCAGUGUCUGCACACCAACAGUGGUAGCUCAGUAGGUGCACAUCAUCCGCAUAUACACGUGGUCAGUCACACCUCCUUUCGCUGCUUCCUGAUCUCACUGUGUACUGUUUGACUUCCCCCUCCUGUACAUCUGAUUGUGUGCACAUGCCAGAGCAGUUGUCUAAAAGGCACACACUUUUCCAAACUAUCACCAUUUUGAACAUUCUUUCACUGUCUCCACUAUACUCCGCGUUCUUUCUGUUGGAGUCAGGGAUACCCUCUUUGUGGCAAACUGGGCUGGAUUUCGAUAAGCAAGUUCCCUCUGCAGAGCCGCACAUUCUCCAUAAUACAACAUACGGAAUGGAUAUUUAUGUUGCUGAGUUUGCCUUGAUCUUUAAAGAGUAUGCUAUUCAGAACUCAGGGUGGAUUGUAGAGGUUGUUGUGCUUCUCCCUGCCACCCCCCCCCCCCGCCCCACAGCUCCAUCUGUAACUCGGGAGACUACCAUAAUAUCACAUUCAAUAGUAAUCAUUCUGUUUCCAUUUUUGAGCUUGUCCCGAGGGGAGUCAGACUAUUUACUGACUGUGCUUGCUGGUUACUGAGCGAAUUGGCCAUGUUUGAGAAGAUCCUUCCUCCAGUCCCACUUCUAUAUGCCUACUGAAGGUGAUUGUUUUUCACUUGCACUAGAUGAGGACAUAUUGGGUUGAUUUGCACAGUCAUCCUCCCUGAUCUGUGUGCCUGUACUGUUUCUGCCUCACCUAACUGGGAAUCUCACCCGUCUGAGUUAGGCCUAAGAAAAUGGAUGUCUAGUAACUGCCAUCAUUCCAUCUUCCUGCCCCUUUCCCUGACAGUGAUGUUGUUUAGUCAGGAGUGAGGUCGUAGUGAAGAAAUGGCCUGUGCCCAAUCUCCAAAACGACUUGGGAUGGCCCACCCUGUCAUUGUGGGCGACUCAUUCAGGUUGGGCUGUUGUGGAAAGGGGACAAGAAACAAUUCUGCAAAGCUCACCAGCUUUGACUUUGAAGGAACUGUAGUCCACAGGACAGUGUGUCUCGUUUGGGUGUUGUAUGUCAUCUUCAUACCAAAUAUUGCAGCCAGCUUCACAUUGGCGACAAGGAUGGUCACAAACCCUUAGCCCAAGGCUUCGUCCCUGCCAUCCACCCCCCCCCCUUUCUCGAGCUCCCUGAAUGAGGCCCAGUGGCCAGGGAAGGAGCGAGCAAUGGACAGGUAUUUUCUAGAAUGAAUGCACCUACCUUCAAGAACACGUUUUCAGAGAGUGAAAGAUCGUUUCACCAAUGGAGCAACAUUCUGCGUGUGGAAAUAACUGCAAAUGACAAACUCUCGUACAGAGUAAUUUUUAUCUUCACCUUUUGUCACCAACAAGUUUCUAUUGGGGUGACUGAAACCACAAGGGCCAUUACGGAUCUGUCGAUACUUUCCCAACCUAUUUACUGUGACUAUAACCUCUAAUAGAACGAACUUACAAAGAAUUUGCUGCAAGAAGCUGCUCCUACUGGAGAAUUUCAAUCCAUGCUUGAAAUGGAUGGGUGUACAUUGUACUGAGGGAUUUUUAGCAUUUGAAUGACAAAUAAACAGGACAAACAGCAUGGUGGUUCACCUGUCUUCAUGGUGUUU